GAAUUUUCCACGUCUAUCACUUAAAUAUCUUCAAGGCAGCCGUCGUACAUGGAUGAGUACGGCUGGUAUUGAGAGAUCUCACCGUGCCAUUCUGUUUCCCGGACAGGGAUCCCAGUUUAUUGGAAUGGGUCGAGAUCUUUACCAUCUCUAUCCGCGGUCUGCAAAACUGGUGUUUGAUGAAGUAGACGAAGCUCUGGGUUAUGGAUUGCGUGCAUUGAUUUUUCAGGGACAGCAGGAAGUACUCAAAUUGACUGAAAAUGCCCAGCCUGCUAUCUUAACCACGUCAAUUGCUAUGCUUCGAGUAUUGGAAAUCGAGUUUGGAUUUGAUGUAGCGAAAGCGUGCAAUUAUGCCCUUGGCCAUUCAUUGGGUGAAUACAGUGCUUUGGUAGCUACUCGUUCCAUGUCCCUCACGGAUGCUGUUCGUUUGGUGCGUUUGAGAGGUGAAGCAAUGACCCGUACUGUAUCAUCAAAGAAUAUCCAAACAGCAAUGUCAGCACUUGUAGUUCGCAAAGGCCGUUUGCCAGAAUUAGAAGAAGCCAUCAAGGAAAUUAAUGAAAAAUUGCCAAAAGAUGAACUCGUAGCUCUAGCCAACAUCAACAGUUCGUUCCAAGUUGUGAUCAGUGGUACAAGCAAAGGCGUGGAUGAGGCCUCGCGUGUUCUUCAAGAAAGACGAUUUGCAGCCCGUGCUGUUGAUCUUCCAGUCUCGGCACCGUUCCACUGUUCAUUAAUGAAGGAGGCUGCUCAGGUGAUGGAAGAUGCCUUACAGAACGUGAUAUUUAAAAAACCUUGUGUAAAUGUGAUUUCCAAUGUCACUGCCAGACCUUAUGCCAAUGUUGAGGAAAUCCCAAAGCUGUUGGUCAAUCAGAUAACUUCUACUGUGGAGUGGCAGCGCAGUAUCCAUUAUUGCAAAGAAGAGGAUGUCGAAGAAUUUUUAUGCUUUGGUCCUGGAAAGGUGCUUGCAAAUCUACUGAAAAAGGAAUACCCCCUCGAUUGUGUAAAGUCCAUCACUAGUGCUGAUGAUAUUCUUCGCCACACCGAGGAAUAUAGUAGUAAAUGAUAAGAUACGCGCCCACACACCCACACACACACACAUAUAUAUAUAUAAAGAGAGAGAGAGAAAUAGGGACUAGAAUAGCCUGGUUCUAUACUCCAAGCCACUCCAAAGUAUGAAUGUUGUAUUAUAGAACAGUAAAAAUCAUUGAUUUGCUCUUAACAUGUACACAAGUACUUUAUCCUUUGAAUUACAACUCCAAAACAAACCCUUGAGAGUGGUUUUUGACUGGCUGUGGAUUUUAUCUGGCGAAUAUUCCCAUUUACCUAGAUAUCGAAUUGGUAAACCUGCCAUAACGGGUUGUGCGCGCUGACCUGUCUUGAGAUGAACUACUUCUACGCUCUCACGACAAAAUCCUACUGCGCACCAGUCACUGGUGACUAAUUCGAUGAAUUCGAUAUGCUCGGGUUCGUCUUGCCAGACCCAAGAUUGUGUAGAAAACAAUGCACCCGAGAGAUCAAGAAUAAAACUCUGUUUUCCAAGAGUGGCAAAAAAUAGUCGAGGCGCAGAGGUGGAUGGUAGGACGACCGGAUCAGGAGAUUCAGAAGGUGCUGUAGAUACAACUGUGGCAUAUGAUGGAGGGAUCGAGUAAUCUGUGGUCACAGACGUGGCUGGUAAAUGAUCAGGGUAAAAUGGUAAUUGGAUCAACGAUGUCCACUGGAUAAGUGGACAAGGGGUUGGGUUUGAAGGGCGCAUAAAAGAUAAUGGUAAUGUAGGAGAGCGUGGACUGUGAUUAUUACUGCUAUAAUUGCU